AUGGCACACAAGCGGGUUCACACCAGGGAGAAGCCAUUCACCUGCUUCAGGUGUGAGAAGGGAUUCAGUCGCUUAUCCAGUCUGCUGUCACAUGAGCGGCUAGCGCUCCGUGGAUUACAUAUGAUCGAACCUUGUAUCAACGUGUCAACCGAGGGGGCAAAAUACCUCCAACCCAAAUUGUUAAUUGUGCAUUGCAAUGAAAAAAAGGCAUCGGGCAAAUCCAGCCUGUUCUGGCUGGAAGGUAUCCAUCGACGUGUUCACACCGGGGAGAGGCCGUUCACCUGCUCUGACUGUGGGAAGGGUUUCCCUGACUCCGUGAGCCUCCACAAACACCAGCGGGUUCACACCGGGGAGAGGCCGUUCACCUGCAUGGAUUGCGGGAAGGGAUUCACUCGGAACGCGGACUGGCCAAUAGAUAGCGCUGGAGGACCGGAAGCGCUCUGGUCCUCCAGCCAAUCAGAGCACCCUUAUUGUCUGAAUGCGGAAGUCAUUGCUGCUGCUGCUAUAACAUUCCUCCAGGAGACACCAUCAGGGGGUUCUGUGUGUGUGGGCACUUCAGGCUUCAGUUCAUCAUCCAACCUGGAGGGACACAAGGACAACAGCACCGUGGAGAAGCCAUGGCAGUGUGGGGACUGUGGGAAACGGUACAGGUCUCCGUCUGACCUGGAGAUCCAUCGACGUGUUCACACCGGGGAGAGGCCGUUCACCUGCUCUGACUGUGGGAAGGGAUUCACUCAUUCAUCCGACUUCCAGAGACACCGGCGAGUUCACACCGGGGAGAGGCCGUUCACUUGCUUGGAGUGCGGCCAGGGAUUCACUCAGUCUUCUUCACUGCUCUCACACCAGCGAGUGCACACCGGGGAGAGGCCGUUCACUUGCUCAGAUUGUGGGAAGGGAUUCACUCAGUCUUCUUUGCUGGUGGCUCACAAGCGGGUUCACACCGGGGAGAGGCCCUUCAUCUGCUUCAAGUGUGGGAAAGGGUUCAGUCGGUCAUCCAGCCUCCUAAAACACGAGCGAAUUCACACCGGGGAAUGGCCUUUCACCUGCUCCGAGUGCGGGAAGGGAUUCAGUGCUUCGUCCAGGCUGCUGGCGCACCAGCGGGUUCACACCGGGGAGAGGCCGUUCACCUGCUCUGAGUGCAGGAUGGGAUUCACUGAUUCAUCCCUCUUACUGUCACAUCAGCGAGUGCACACCGGGGAGAGGCCAUUCACCUGCUCUGACUGCGGGAAAGGAUUCACCAGAUCCUCUUCACUGGUGGCACACAAGCGGGUUCACACGGGGGAGAAACCGUUCAUCUGCUCAGACUGUGGGAAGGGUUUCAUUGAUUGCUCUUCCCUCCUGUCACACCAGCGCAUUCACACUGGGGAGAGGCCAUUCACCUGCUCGGAUUGUGGGAAGGGAUUCACUCUGCCUUCUUCCCUGGUAGCACACCAGCGUGUUCACACCGGGGAGAGACCAUUCACCUGCUUGGACUGUGGGAAGGGUUUCACUGACUGCUCUUCCCUGUUGACACACCAGCGUGUUCACACCGGGGAGAGGCCGUUCACCUGCUCUGACUGUGGGAAGGGAUUCAAUAUUUCCUCUGACCUGCAGAGGCACCAGAGAAUUCACACCGGGGAGAGGCCAUUCACCUGCACGGAUUGUGGGAAGGGUUUCACUUGGUCCUCUUCGCUGCUGGCACACAAGCGGGUUCACACCAGGGAGAGGCUGUUCAUCUGCUCCGAGUGCGGGAAGGGAUACUGUUCAUCGUCCCGACUGCAGGAACAUCAGCGAGUGCACACCGGGGAGAGGCCGUUCGGCUGCUCUGACUGUGGGAAGGGAUUUGCUCUGUCCUCUUCCCUUCUUGCACACCAGCAACUUCACACCAUGGAGAGGCAGUCCACUUGCUCUGAAUUUGGGAAGGGAUUUACUCAAUCAGCCUGACUGUUAAUCCACCAGCGCAUUCAGACUGGGGAGUGACCAUUCUCCUGCACAGUGUGUGGGAAAGCAUUCAGGAUUCAUCGGCAACCAGCGGAUUCACACCGGGGAGAAGCCUUUCACCUGCUCUGUGUGUGGGAGGGGGUUUAUCCAGUCAUGCAAGCUGCAGAGACACCAGAGAGGUCAUCCGUGAAAUUAGCAAUUGGAUUCUCCUGUUCCUGCUACUGAGAAUCCAGGACUGAACCGUGUCCAUUCGGACAGUGGGUGAAGUGGGAGGGUCAGAGGGGUUAUAUAUUCCAAGGGGGUUGAUGCUCUCUCAGCCUGGGAGUGCACAUUUCCUCUGAAAUGAUCCGCAGAAGCCGAUGAACAACAUUUACUUUAUCCUGGUUAGGAAACAGAGGUUGCCUCCCACUGCAGGUAGAUCUAAAGUUGACCCAGUGAGACCAUGACCUCGGGGAGCAGGAGUACACCAUUCAGCCCAUUGAGCCUGCCCCACCAUUUAAUACCAUCGAGGCUGAUCGCAUCUCGGCUUCAACUCCCCCUUCCUGCCUCCUCUCCAUAACCCUUCACCCCUUUACCGAUAAACAUCUGUCUAUCGCCUCCUUAAAUGUACUCCGUGUCCUGUCAUCCACAGCACUCUGGGGGAGUGUAGACAAGGCUGUGAGUCUCAUUUGUUGACUGUAUCGAAACUUUGUUAAGGUAAUAGAGUCACUCGUUAGUUCACAUGUACCUAAAGUAGAUU